ACGGCUGCAAGAAAAAUAUCCUCCGUCGCCGGCCUCCGGCUCCGAGGCGAGGAAGGCUCCCGAACGGUCGAACACUGGAGGCGUCUGCUCGCUACCCAUGGCGACUUCUACUGUUGUUGCUGCUGCUCAGCUCUGCCCCAGCCCGCGGUUUCCUGCCGAGUUGUCGAAGAGGGGGUCUCCCAGUGCGGUUGCUGGGCGGACGAGGAGGAGGAGAAAGGGAGCGGCGGGGGUCGUGCGAGCAUGCUUCAAUCCUCUAGGGGACGAGCGUAUCCUCCGAGAAGCCAUUAAGGAGCCAGUAGCAUUCCUGGGUGGUGUGUUUGCUGGCCUCUUGAGGCUUGACCUGAAUGAGGAUCCUCUCAAGGAAUGGAUCACUCGGACAGUGGAGGCUUCUGGAAUAGCUGAGGAAAACAGCUCUGAAGAAUCAAGUGAGGCAGAUCAAAAUGAUGCACCUCAGCAAAUUGAGAUUGAGUGAGUUUGGUCUCUCUUUCCGUCCUCUCUCAACCGUGCAGGGCAAAUCAGACUGUUGGGCGGUGCUUUCCAACUAAUCCAAUGAUGGGCGUGGAUCAAGCAGGAAUGGCUAUCGGAAUAUCCUUCGCCUGCAAGUCUCCAGCUCCAACUUGCGAGGCGUGCUGUUAUGGCACAAGUCUGCACGGUUGGCACUCUAGAAACCAGAAGCUGUAACUUGUUGAUUUGAUCCAAAGCUACUGACGUGAACCUGAGUGAUACUAUCAAUGCAACCACUAACUACUUGAUGAUGACUGGAAC